AUGUCCUCCCCACGGCACAUGUUGCCGCUCGCGGAUCAUGAGAAGUAUCGGGAGAAUAUCCGUGACACGCUCGACGGCAACCUCGUACUUCCGCAUUCAAUUGAGGCGGGCGACCCCUAUUAUAUCGGCGACGUCUACGAUACCACGCCUGCAGAAUGCGUUCAGGAGUGGGAACUAUGCGACAGCAUCAAGCGUCCCUACUUGGAUCACAUCAAGGCCGUGUCGCACGCCUGGCCUCACCUGCGGUAUCUUGCCCACUGGAUGGAGGUGACGACUUCGCCAGUCAAAUGGAGCCACAUCAAAGCAAAGCAGGCCGUGAUCCGCAAGGAGAGGGCCAGCCGUACCAACAUCGCCGUCGUUGACUUUGCGCCCGGCGCUGCCCCCGCCAUUCACACCGCCACGAGUCCCGACGCGCUGUCCAACUCGCUGCGAAAUGCGCCAGUGCAGCCUGACGUCCACCGCUUGUACGUGGUCGAGGACCUGUCGCGCGACGUUGUCGAGACGCUUGGCGCUGCGUUAGAUAUUGAUCCGCUCUUCUUCCGAGAACAGAUCAGCGACUACUGGUGGUACAACACCCGUGACCCAUGGGUCGAGCUGCCCGAUCUGCAAAUCGCCUCGCGGACGCGGCGGUUCUUCCACGUAGGAUAUCUCCAGCCGAGGCAUUUCGACAGUCAAGCUUCGUUCGCCGAGGCUACCAAGGAGGCAGGGCGAUUCAACGUGUUGCGGAGGGCAGACAAUGACAAGAAUCACAAAACAGUCCUUGAUCAACAGGGCGCACUUGUGGCGUUGGUGAGAAGCAAGGCUUCGUUCUGGUGGAAGCCAGCCGAGGGAGAUCGAGGGGCCGUCGGAGUGCUGCUCGUCGACCCGUCUGUCAAGGAAGGGUCACCGCUGUGGGCUGGAUAUCGCAACUUUGAGCCUACGCCGUCCAUAUCAGCUCGCGGCCCUUUCAAAGCACCGCCGAGAACAUCUCUUUUCGAGGCAGUGGUGUAUUGGGUUACCAGGAUGGAGGGGGCUGAGGUGGCACAGAUGGGUGCUGACCCUCGCAUCAUGCUGAGAGGUUUAUCACAGAUCGUCUGCGCCGAGUGGCUGACAGUAAUCCGCUACAUCACCACUCGCCUCGGACAAGUCGAAUGGGAGCUGGAGAAUCCUGACUUUCGUCGCGAUCCCAGUGGCAUCAACUCCAGUUUGGCCAAACUGCAUCCUUGGCGGCGCAGUGUACCAUUGUACAAGACGUUGAUCAAGGAGGCGACAGCCAAGGUAUUCAACAGCAGCAAUGAACGGAUCGUGGCAGUUGCAACAGCAAUCAUAUCGAUCGAGGAGAGUCGGAGGGGGUAUAGCCUGAACCAGGACCUAGGCCGGCUGACCUAUCUAGCCGUCGUUUUCGCACCACUUUCGUUUGUCACAGGCUUCUUUAGCAUGUCAGAGGACGUCUCCUCCUUGAGGGGGACGUACUGGGUAUACUUCUGUGUUGCCCUGCCUGUUACGGUGCUGGCUUUCGUCUUGGUAGACAUGGCGAGGGUGAAGCGAUGGGCAAGGAGAUGGUCUUCGAGGUGA